AUGACGGAUUGGGAUCUCGGUUCGCUACCCUAUUACAACCCUCGCAAGAACCGGAAAGUAGCUCUAGUGACAGGUGGAAACAGUGGUAUUGGAUGGUACACGGUUUUACAUCUUUACAUGCAUGGCUUUGCCGUUUAUGUUGCCGGACGAAACGCUAACCGAGUAUCUCGAGCUUUGAAAGAUAUAAAGAAAGAGGCCAAGGCUCGAAUACAGAAGCUGGAUCCCGGAGAAAGACACCCGGUGGGUGAGCUUAAAUUUUUGUCGCUGGAUUUGACACAAUUGACGACGGUCGAAAAGGCUGCCAAGACGUUCCGAAGUUUAGAGACUACGCUUGACGUUCUCAUCAAUAAUGCUGGUGUGAUGGCCCUUCCUUACAGUAUAACAGAGGAUGAUUUCGAAAUCCAGUUACAGACUAACUAUGUGGCCCACUUUCUUUUGACGAUGCUACUCUUGCCCAGCGUUGAACGGUGCCGUGGAAGAAUCAUUUCUGUAUCGUCAAUAGGGCACAACCUGGAGGUACAGUACUUUAGCCUUUCUCAAAGCUUUAAUUACUGGCCCAAUAUUCUAUUUACCUGGCUACGUUACGCAAUGGCCAAAACUGCAUCUAUUCAGUUUGCCAAAAUGUUGGCGAUCAAACAUCCCAAUGUGCUUUGCAUGUCCGUACACCCCGGCUUAGUCAUGAAGACAAACUUAUUCAGCUACUGGACGAGACUACCCAUAGUCGGAAUCUUUUUCUGGUUCUUUUUCCAGCUGGUGGGAUUCUUUUUAGGCGUUUCCAAUGAACAAGGUUCGGUAGCAACACUGAGAGCCGCACUAUCCACACAAUUUGAGCGCGAAUGGGAUAAUGGGAAGUAUCUUACCACAGGAGGCAGGGAAUCUAAACCCAGUUAUGUGGCCAAUAACCUAGAUCACGCUACUUCAACCUGGCUAUGGACCAUCCACGAACUGCGCGAUCGUGGUUUCGAUAUAUAG